UUUGGGAGGCGUAAAGCUGAGCGCAAUUUACACAAAUGUGCACGCAAAAACGGCCACUCGUUUGCAUUUAUUAUGAAUUUUCAGUUCCUGUUUAGACUGCAGAGUUAGUGACAGUCUGAGGUGUCCACUGGUGGUCUGCCCCUGUAGAAUUGCUGUUCUGUGGUGGCUGUUGAAUAUGGACAAGUUUUGUGUUGCUCUGGAUUUAGAGACACUUUCACUGAGGCUGGACUGACUUUCCAAAAUUGCCAUAUUAAAAUUAUCUCGUGUUUGUGAUUUUCUUCAAGUGUUCCAUACUGUUAGGAAAGAGUGGCUGACACUGGAAUGCCUCAGUUAACUGCAGCUGCUGCUUUGCAGAUUGGUUUAUUAAUAUCUGCACUUCCUGCACAGUAUAUUUUAACCCGAUGGUUUGGCAGUGAUUCUACCCAGCGCAUCCAGGCAUCAAGAAGACUAAUCCAUAGAUGGAGUGAAUUCAGAAAAUCUUACUUAAGUUUGCAAGCAUGGAAGGACUGGUUAAAUGAAUGGAGUCUGAAGGAGAGAUCUGUUCAAAAUGAGGAUCCUCCUGGGGAAUCCCCAGCUUUUGAAGUCUUGCUGUUUAAAGAGAAGGAUGGAUACUUUGCAGGCUCACCUGAGCCUCGAUCUCCAAGGCCUCACUUUGUCAAAUACAGAGUGGGUGACGUCUUCAAGCACAAACGUGAAGGAUUCCGUGGUGUGAUAGUUGGAUGGGAUGAGAAUGCAAGAGCACCAGAAGAAUGGCUUAAUGAAAAAUAUCCUUCAGACUUCCAGAAUUUGAAACAUACUCCUCAUUAUAAGGUUCUUGUUCAUGCAAAUGAUGGAACAAAUUCAAUAACACGCUAUAUUCCAGAAGAGGAUAUUGUCAUAUUGACAGGAGUACAGGUGAACCAUCCCCUGUUGCCUUCUUUCUUCAUUAUGUUUGAUGGAGACCGAUACAUAAUGAUGCCAUGGCUGAAGCAAAUCUACCCUCAAGACUAAAUAGAGCUUAACUUCCAACACUGUAGGGAAUGUAAUAGCCAAAGUAGAAAGAAUGUGAAGCUUUUAAAUUCACACAAUAUGCGAUGAAUAUAUGAUAUACUUAAAAUAAUAGGACAUUUAUUUAAAUGGUUUUAAAAUGUUACCAUCACAGGAAUAUUCCUGUUGAUAUUUUCAUUUGGAGAGUU